UUCAAACUCUCCUUCGCAAAGGUAGCCAGAAAGCUCGCCAUGGCAGAUCCAGGUAUGGCCCGGGUCACCGGCCUCAAUAAGUACAAGCUCGUAUUCCUCGGAGAGCAAGCCGUGGGAAAGACGUCAGUUAUCACUCGGUUUAUGUACGACACCUUUGACAACAACUACCAGGCGACCAUCGGUAUUGAUUUCUUGAGCAAAACUAUGUAUUUGGAGGACAGAACGGUGAGGCUUCAACUUUGGGACACUGCAGGGCAGGAGCGCUUUCGCAGCCUUAUCCCAAGCUACAUUCGGGAUUCCUCCGGAGCAAUUGUGGUGUAUGACAUCACCAACAGAGCGUCCUUCCUCAACACAUCAAAGUGGAUUGAGGACGUCCGAAGCGAAAGGGGCAACGAUGUUGUCAUCACUCUGGUUGGCAACAAGACAGAUUUAGCCGACAGACGGCAAGUAUCUACGGAAGAAGGUGAAGAGAAGGCGAAGGAGAAUGGUGUAAUGUUCACAGAGACAAGUGCCAAGAUGGGCACCAACAUCAAGAAUCUCUUCAGACAGCUGGCACAGGCUUUGCCAGGACAGGAUGAGGCUCCCAACGUUGAUGUAGCAACGCAGCCAACUGUUGUACUUGAUGGCGCAGCCAUGUCUUCAGACAGCAAGACGAACUGCUCUUGUUGACAACCAGGAUGCCAUCAUGCAGGCGCUGGCGCAACUAUGCCAUCAAUACCAGGACUGCCAGUGCCGCUCAGUGCGGUGCAGCGUGCCAGGCGGCUGACAUUCCUGUGGCCUGAGAGCAUGAACAAAAAGGUCCAUUGCAGCUAAGGACGGACAAUUGGGCUAACUUGAACGUUCUUGUGUGACUC